AUGAACGUUUUCUCUGUUGUCAAGAAUCUGGAUCGGGUUUGGAAUGUUGGCCUUGCUGCUGCUGAAGGUGCAUGGAUCUCUGGUGCAUCAAGAAUCAUUGGAGUUGAUUUAGUUUCCAGCCGAUUUGAAUUAGCUAAGAAGUUUGGGGUGAAUGAGUUCAUGAACCCGAAAGAUCAUGACAAACCUGUACAACAGGUUAUUGCUGAAAUGACGAAUGGAGGUGUAGAUCGUGCUGUUGAAUGUACCGGUAGCAUCCAAGCUAUGAUAUCAGCAUUUGAAUGCGUCCAUGAUGCAAAAACAAAGUUCAGGAAGGCUGAGAAGGAUUUAAUCAAAAUACAGGGUGAUUACGAUGCAGCAGACCUUCCAACUGAUUUGGAGACUCUAACUAAUGAAGAGAGAUUUUUGUUUAGGAAGAUUGGUUUGAGUAUGAAGCCAUACUUACUUUAA